CCGGGCGAAGAUGUCGGCCCAGGCAGACGUCGGCUUAGUGCGCGAGGCUUCGCGGCAGAUCGUGGCCGGUGGUUCUGCUGUGACUGCACUGUGUUGCAAUCCCACCAGCAGUGAAUGGUUCCUGUUUCCUGAGAUCCUUGCCAGGAUUUGGUGCUUUCAGUGUUCUCAUUUUGAUCAUUCUGUUAGGUCUUGUAGAAAUUUGCCUGAUGCACCCCCUCGAUGUGGUGAAAACCAGGUUCCAGAUUCAGAGAUGUACAACUGACCCGAACAGUUAUAAAAGCUUGGGAGACAGCUUUCGAAUGAUUUUCCGAACAGAAGGGUUGUUUGGUUUUUACAAGGGAAUUCUACCACCCAUCUUGGCUGAAACACCAAAAAGAGCAGUGAAGUUUUUCACCUUUGAGCAAUACAAGAAAUUGCUAGGAUAUGUGUCACUGUCACCAGCGGUGACAUUUGCCAUUGCUGGACUUGGGUCUGGACUUACCGAAGCCAUCGUGGUGAAUCCUUUUGAGGUAGUUAAAGUUGGCUUGCAAGCCAAUCGGGAUGCAUUUUCAGAGCAACUGUCCACCAUGAGUUACGCAAGACACAUCAUUAAGAAGGAAGGCUUCGGAUUCCAGGGCCUCAACAAAGGAUUUACGGCAACUUUGGGACGUCAUGGAGUUUUCAACAUGGUUUAUUUUGGCUUCUACUACAAUGUCAAAAACAUUAUUCCUGUCAAUAAGGAUCCAACCCUGGAGUUCUUGAGAAAAUUUGGGAUCGGUCUUCUCUCAGGGACAAUAGCCUCAGUCAUUAACAUCCCUUUUGAUGUUGCCAAGAGUCGGAUCCAAGGGCCUCAGCCAGUUCCUGGAGAGAUCAAGUACAGAACCUGUUUCCAAACAAUGGCGACAGUCUAUCAGGAAGAAGGGAUUUUAGCUUUAUACAAAGGCCUGCUCCCCAAGAUUAUGAGACUUGGACCAGGUGGUGCGGUGAUGCUGCUGGUCUAUGAAUAUAGCUAUUCGUGGCUGCAGGAGAACUGGUGAUGGCCUGGGAAGUAUUUUUUGCCCCUGAGAUGCUGGACAUUUGCUGUGCAGCAUCAGAAACAGGAGAGACUAUUGAUGAGCUAAGCUAGGCAGGCUAUGAUAAAGGGGAGAACAGUUUGAACAAGAAUAAAUCCAAUUUUGAUACUUUGGAAAUUGUCUUUAGACAAAUGAAAAGGAUGAUUUGGGCUACUUAGAGAGGAAAAGAAAAAUAAUAGGAAGCAAUGAGGUGAUGUAAAUUGAAUAUAGGAAAAUCGCACAGAAAGCAAAUGUAUUUCAUAAAAGCGAUAUAAGCUUUGUUGCUUAAGGCUCCUUAUACAAUACUUUACAAAGAAAAUUUAUUGUGAUGAUAGUUGUUUUCCUAAGAGGUCUAGGAAUGCUUCAAAUGAAUCACUGAAAAUAAACCACCUUGUAGCUCGUUCUUUAAGAGGUAUCCAAUGAAUGACCAGGCUAAAAAAAAUGUCAAAACUUAACAGUUUCCCUAUGAGAUCAAAAAUUUUCACAAUUACUAUUUAAGGGCCACAGGAAAAUGUCUUUAAUGUGCACACAAAUGGCCUUUUAAGGAUAUUUAAUUCUGUGAAUCCAUGUUAAGAUGUCAAUCUGAUGACUUUAUUUAGUAAUAAUACACAUCCCAGCUCUGUUUUCCUUAACCUACUUGGUAUUUGACCUCGUUGUUUCAAGCAUAUUUUAUAAAUGUCAGAAAUCUUUCAUUACAAACAUAAUACACGAAAUUAUAGUAAACUUUCUUUCACAAAGUUUGCUUUGCAAAUACAUUUAAUUGCUGAAAUAUUUUCAUAUUAAAUCACAAAUCGGAAGCACUCCCUGGGUAUGUCUUGUUAUCUAUAUUUAUAUUAAAAUACCUUUUCUAAGAACUCACCUACGCCAUCCUUAAAAAUAAGUUGUAGAAUCAAACUGCAUAUCCAGGUUGUUAGCUUUUAGAAUAAAGGCAAACACAUUUCAAAAUGGAAGAACAUUCUUAGCAUUUCUAAGGAUGCCUGUAGUAACAUGCACUCUAAAAAGACUUUGGUCUUUAUAUAACCAAACUUGACUUUAUGUCUACAUCCUGAAAUGAUGCUACUUCCAGUCGGCAGAAAUGUCUGCAGGUUCCAAAGGACACAUGUUCAAAACGACUUCUACGAGAUAUUUGUACCAUGGGUCUAUGUCACUACAGCAUCUUGAAAAUAAAAAGUAAAGGAUAACAUAGUAAUUAUUACUUUUUAUUAAUUUAGAGCAUUUUAAGUAUAAAAAUAAAAGGCUUUUUGACAUUCUGUAUAUACAUACACAGCCUUCUGUUGUACAACCUUUCCAACGUGUUUAAUUUAUAGUUCAGCCCAAUAUUCAGGAAGAGGAGUCAUUAAAACAUAAAAAUGAAGAGAAGUAGGAUAUGUUCGCAAACAAACUGCAGUCUGGCAGGGAACGAUCUUGCAUCCUGUGAGAGUAUCGCCUGCACAGCGGCCUUGAAACUGAGCCUUUCACCUUUCCAUGUGGGUGAGAUGGAAAGGGUUUCUGAAGAAUGCAUUUGUCAGUUUAUAAACAACACUUUUACCCUCAAAAAACAGAGAAAUAUGUUAGCAUGGACCAAUAAUAAUAAUGUUUAAAACUCAAACAGCCCCAACCCUAUAUUUCAUCCCAUUUUCUUUCUGAUAUUUUUAAAGUGGCUUUUUU